AUGGAGACACCUAAAACGGCAUCUGGUCGGUGGCUGCUGGAUAGUGGCUUCCUAGAAGAUUCCUCGCACGUGUUAACUUCGUUGUCGCAACACCAGCCAGACGCGUCGCAGGCGAUUCCGUCGUCGCAUGCCAGCGGUUGCUAUGUCGCUCACGCCUCGUCCUCCGUCCAGCAGUGCAUGAACGAUCCAGCAGGCGACGUUUCCGCAAAAGAGAUUUCACACAUCCCUGCUCCAGGCGAUCGGUGCGACUUAUGCGAAGCCGGCGACAUUCGCGAGCUGUGCGACGCCGUUCUCCCACCGGCGACAGCAGGGUGUGAGGGUACAGCGACAGGAGCGGAAUCCGAGCAGAGAGUGGGUGAUGGGGAUAGGUGGGGAGAAUGCGGUGAGGCGGAAGAAGCGCGCGCACAGCGGGGGAGGAACCCCACCCCCGAGGCGGUCGACGUUGCAGCAGGAAUGAGCCCCGGCGAAGUCUUUGCGCGGACUCUGAAGCUAGAGGCGGAAGAAGCGUGCGCGCAGCGGCGGCGGAGCCCCACCCCCGAGGGAGUCUCCGCGCGGACUCCGAAGCUAGAGGCGGAAGAAGCGUGCCCGCAGCGGAGGCGGAGCCCCACCCCCGAGGCGAUCGAUAUGAUGAGCCUGCUGCAGGGGCUCAGCGACGGGGAGGAGGAGGCGGAGGAGGGAGCGGAGGCGGACGGGGAGGGGGAGGAAGACGCUGAGGGUGGAAGAGAAGCGGAGGGGGAGAGGGAGGAGGCGGGAGAAGAGGCGGAUGGGGAGGAGGGUGAGGGGGAAGAACGCGACAGGCAAGGGGGUGAGGUGGGAGAGGAAACAGACGGGGAGGAGGGUGAGGCGGGCGGAGUGGUGGACUGGCAGGGGGAUGGCGAAAAGGAGGGGGAAGAGCGAGCAGCCGUGCGGCAGCAACAGGGGCAUGGAGGGAGUGAAGCAGACCAGUCCCACUUGCCGCCCCCGCAGUCCCAGCAUUCUCCUCAAUGCCAACAUUCUCCGCAACCCCAGCAGCUUUCACAGCCUCAGCUACAGGAGCAAACUCAAGAGCCGGAACGAACUCAGGAGCUGCAGCAACGUCAAGAUUCGCAGCGUUGUCAAACGGACCACGAGCUGGGUGCUGAUAAUGGCCACGACGAGCAGGUGCUGUUAGCUCCUCGUGCGGUUGAGUGCGGUGGGGAGGGUGUGGCAGCCGUGGAAUGGAAUGCUGUUGGUCACCAAUGCGGUGUAGAAGAUGGUGGCACUGUAGUGGCUGUAACGGAGUGUAACACUGUGACGGAGUGUAGCACGGUAACGGAUUGUGGUUCUACCGCGUAUUCGAGCUCCGUGGCUUGUUCUACAACCGCAGGGCCGGGGAAGCAGGCGGAAGGGCAUGCGGAAGAGGACAGGGGGAGAAGCAGCGAUCAGGGUGAGGGGGGGAAUGGGGGAGGUAAGGCGCAGAGUCGCAGGGCGGGAGGGGGGGAAGGCGCAGGGGGUAAGCGCAGGGGCAGGGGCAUGGGCAGGGGCAGGGGGCGGGGGAGGGGAGGGGUUAUGGGCGGGGUACGGGAGUGGAAGGGGAGGAAGAGGGGUGGAAGCGGAAGCGGGAGAGGUGGUGGGGAAGGGGGGUGGAGAGGAGGCGGGAAAGAGUUAUGGUUGGACGAUGAAUGUUUGGAGGAGUUGGGUGCGGUGGAGGUGUGUUUGGAGGAGAGCGUUCAGUCGAACGAUGUGGAGGUGGAGGGGAUGGGGGGGAGGGGCGGGGGAGGAGAGGGGGGGAGCGCGGUGGAGUGGGGAGGCGGGGGCGAGGGGGAGGAGGUUGACGGGGAGACGAGUGGGGAGAGCCUUUUGAAGGGCACGAGAGGGGAGGAAGUGAAGAAGGGAGAGGAGGGAGAGGAGGGAGAGGAGGGAGAGGAGGGAAAGGAGAGGGAGGAGGGAGGGGAGGGAGAGGAGGGAGAGGAGAGAGAGGAGGGAGGGGAGGGAGAGGAUGGAGAGAAGGGAGAGGAGGGAGAGGAGAGGGGGGAGCGAAAUGCGCGUUUGGGGGAUCUAGAGGAUGGUGAGGGAGUGGAUGAUGGGAAGGGUGUGGCGGAGGAAAGGGGAGUGGUGGAUGGGGAAGGGGUAAAAGAUAAGGAGGGGGCUGAUGGCCGGGAGGGGUUGGAAGAUGGGAAGGGACCGGAGGAUGGGGAGGAGAUGAGGGAUGUUGAUAAGAUGGGAGGGAAGAACGAGGAGGGAGAGGAUGGGGGGAACUGGGAGGGUGGGAAAAUUUGGGUUGACAGAGAGGAAGGUGAGGAGAGGGGGAGAGACAGACGGAUGGACGACGAGGGAGGGUUGGGAGAUGCGAGGAGGGAAGAAAAGGAGGUCGAAGGUGGUGCGGCAGGAGGAGAGGCGAGGCGGAAAGCAGGGGAGACUGACGCAGAUGGGGCAGGGGGGCAGACGAGGAGGAGAGAAGAACAAGGGGGUGAAGCAGAAGGGACAGGAGGCGAGGCGAGGAGGGAGGAUCAGGGGCGGGGCGGAGGUGGGAAGGGGCGGUACUGGGGGCUGGUGAGCAUGGGCGUGCUGGCGUGGUUGAGAGAGGAGGGGACGGAGGAGGGGAGGGGGGAAGUGAGGGAGGAAGUGAGGGAGGAAGUGAGGGAGGAAGUAAGGGAGGAGGGGAAGGAGGAGGUGAGACAGGAAAUGAGGGAGGAAGAGAGGGAGGAGAGGGAGGAGAGGGAGGAGAGGGAGGAGAGGGAGGAGAGGGAGGAGAGGGAGGAGAGGGAGGAGAGGGAGGAGAAGGAGGAGAGGGAGGAGAGGGAGGAGAGGGAGGAGAGGGAGGAGAGGGAGGAGAGGGAGGAGAAGGAGGAGAGGGAGGAGAGGGAGGAGAGGGAGGAGAGGGAGGAGAAGGAGGAGAGGGAGGCGGAGCACGUAGCAGGUGCAGGGGGACUGGAGGAGGAUGAAGACUUGGUGGAGGAUGGGGAGGUGAGAGGGGUGACUCCCCUCACGGCAGGCAGCAGCAGCGCCAUGGCUGCAGAGUACGAGCAGCACGUGCGGAGGGACGAAGAUUCGGGCGCUUUGAAAUCCCUCCUGGCGGAAAGCAGAGCGGUGGUAACGCGUGGAGGGUGGGAAGAGGACGAGGAGGGAGGGCGUGGGUUAAGCCCUCUCCUGGCGAGCAGCAGAAUAGCCAUGAGCAGAAUGGAAGAGGCGUGGAGGGAGGGCGCUGGUGAGAGGAGUGCCGAGAGUGUGGUUGUGAUUAGAAUGGAGGCGGACGGGGAGGAGGAGGAAGAAGAGGAGGGUUCAGGGGUGGUGCCCAUGCGUUGUGCGGAAGGGAAUGGGAUGGGGGAGGGCGGUGGGAGCAAAGAAGGGGUUGAGGGAGGAGAGAGAGGCGAGAGGGCUGGGGAAGGAGAAGGGGACGGGUUGUCUGGGAGUAAACCAGACAUGAUAUCAGAGUUAGCUCAGAAGUCAUCAGAGGCCGAGGGAAGCGAGGCGGCUAAAGAGAUGACUUCUGAGUCGACUCAAAAGUCAUCUCAGAAGUCAUCAGAGGCCGAGGGAAGAGAGGCGGCUAAAAGGGCUGGCAAGCGAAAAGGGGAUGAAUCAGCUGGGAGUAGAUCAAAGCAGGGCAGAGGUGCUGCAAAGGAAUGGGUUGGAGGGGGUGAGAAAGCCGUUCAGCGUGACCAUUCUGCUCCCUGUAGUGGCAGCCUCUGUUCUCAAGGUAGUCCUGGCCGGCUGCUUUUCCUCUCUAUAAGCAGUCUUCGAUUCUCUGCUGGCGCUGCUUCCAGUGCGCAUACCGCUGCACGGGACAAUCGCUCUGGUAGUGGUGGCGGCCUUGCCGCUGCUGACGCUGCGGUUGGUGCUGCUGGUGCCGCUGUUGGUGGUGCCAGCUGGCGGAUUGGCGUGAACAGUGCGUCUCUGCGUCGUCUGCUCUCCUCUGCUGCCUUGGACGCUGAAGGUGGAAGGGCAGAAGAGGAAAAGGUUGAAUUGGAUAGUGGUGGGGGAAAGGCGGAAGAUAUUGGGGGAGGGGUGGGGGCAGCAAGGGCAGGGGAUGGGGGAGAAGCAGUGACGCGUGAGGCAGCAGCAGCAGUGGUGAUGAGUGCAGGAGUGGCAGCGGCGGGGGUGGGGGAAACGCAGGGGGAACGAGGAAUGGGGGACUGGGAUUGCAGAGGCAUGGGUGGAGAUGCAGGAACAGCUGCAGAAGCAGCAGUAGCAGAGGAAUCAGCAGCAGGGAGAGAAGGGGAAGGAGAGGAAUUGCGGAUUGCUGGAAGUGGGGAAGAGAAGGGAGUAGGAGCACUAUUGGCACCAGCAUCGGUUGCAGAUUUGGUUGCUGCUUCGAUUGGGACACAGAUUAUAGUUGUCGAAGCAACAGCAGCAGAUGCAGCAGCAGCAGAAGCACCAGCAGCUGCCGAAGCAACAGCAGCAGCAGCAGCAGCAGCAGAAGCAGCAGUAACAGUGUUACCGACUGCAGUGGCUUCACUCCCAGCAGACGCGCAGGUGGCAGCAGCAAGUGUGCUUUUGUCCUCAUUUGAGAGGAGGUGCCCGCCAGGCGGGGAGCGAGGGGUGGUGCUGUAUGUGACAACUCUGCGGGCUAUGAGGAGCAACUUCGAUGCGUGCUGCGCUGUCAGGCAGAUGCUCAAGGCCCUAGCCAUCCCCUUCCACGAAAGGGACGUGUCACUCCAUCUGCCCUACCGCCAGCAGCUCAGAGCGCUCAUAGGCCGCUCCUCCCUCUCCCUGCCGCACCUCUUUGCUGCUGGCCGCUGCCUUGGGGGCGCUGCUGCUGUGCUGCGCCUGGGGGAACAGGGGCUGCUGCUGCCGCUGCUCGCUGCUGCUCUGGCGGACGGUGCUGGUGAGGGAGGAGCAAAACCGGCUGGAGAGGCAACGGUGGAGGCAGCAGAAGCAGGAGCGAGAGGAGGAGUAGCAGCAGCUGGGAAAACAUUAGGUUCAGCAUUCGAGUGUGUAGGCCCAGUGGCCACGGCAAGUGGAGCAGCGAUUGCAGAAGAAGGAGCAGCGCCAGCAGCAGCAGAUGCGGCAGCUUCUGAUGAAACUACCGGGGCUAGCGGUGCUGCUGCUGCUGCUGCUGCUGCUGCUGCUGUGGUUGCUUCAGAAACUGCAUCUGAUGCUGCUUGUGCACCAAUGAGCACAGCCCCUGAAGAGGCAGCAGCAGGCAUCAAUGCUGGUGCUACCACGGGCAGAGUCAGUCAUGCAGAAGCAGCAGAGGGUGGUGACUCUCAUGGCACUGUGACUGUAGAGCCUUGUAAGACUGGUGUGACUGGCGCUGCUGUGACUGGCGCUGCUGUGGCUGGGUCUGGUGUGGCUGGGUCUGGUGUGGCUGGGUCUGGUGUGGCUGGGUCUGGUGUGGCUGGGUCUGGUGUGGCUGGGUCUGGUGUGACUGGCAGAUCCGGUGUGAGAAGAGCACUGUUCCAGGGAAGCAACAGCGGGGCACAAGGUAAUGAUGCUGGCGGCAGCGGCGCUGCCAAGGAUACUCGCACUAAUUUCACUGCUUUGGCCGGCCCUGCUGGGGUAGGCUUUGCUGGGGUAGGCUCUGCUGGGGUAGGCUCUGCUGGGGUAGGCUUUGCUGGGGUAGGCUUUGCUGGGGUAGGCUUUUCUGGGGUAGGCUUUUCUGGGGUGGGCUCUGCUGGGGUAGGCUCUGCUGGGGUAGGCUCUGCUGGGGUAGGCCGCUCUGUGCCAGCCUUUGCUGUGCCAGCAUCUGCUUUUCUUUCUGGCUGUUAUGGCAGCAGCUGUGGCAGCAACAGCGUGGCGAGUGGAGGCGCAUUUGGGGAAGGUUACAGUGGCAUGUCUUGGGAAGGUGCAUCUGGGGAAGGUGCAUCUGGGGAAGGUGCAUCUGGGGAAGCCUACAGAGGUACAUCUGGGGAAGGCAGUGGAGGUAUAUCUGGGGAGGUUUACAGAGGAACGUAUGGGGAAGGUACAUCUAGGGAAGGCUGUAACCAGAGCAGCAGCAGAGAUAGCAGCAGCGGGAUGGGGUCUGCUGCUUGCUUCCCACCUCGGUCCCUUUCCUGCAACGCGGCUGCUGUUGCUGACGUGGCAAUAGCUGCUGCUGCCAGGCGUGCGCUUGCCCGUCCAGGUGGCAGCGGCGGCAACCUGAGCCGCGCCACAUCAGCGCGUACACUCUCUGCAACCGCCAGCCAUUUUACCAGUCGUGCUGCCAGCCGUGCUAUCAAGAUGCAUGCAGCGCAGCAAGGAAAGAGCUGCUGCACUUGUGGCGGGUUGAGGCACUUCAAGAGCCGUCCGCUCACUCUCACCCUGCCUUUCCCCGCUCUUCCACCCAUCACCCUCUUCAGCACAAUUUCCUGCUGCUCACGUCUGCUCGCUAUUCCCUCCGCCCAUGUGCCUCGCCGCCUGCCCCCACGCACUCCCUCAGUCGCUUGCACCGACCGGGAAUGA